AAAAAAAAAAAAAAAAAAAGGUGAUGUACACUAGUAUAUCGUAUAGUAGCAUCGAAAACAACGGUGGAGAAUCGUAAAAUACUCACUCUCUUUCAUUUCUCUUCAAAAAUUCCAAAAAAAAAAAUUCAGAUCUUCACUUCCCUCUCUCUUCCUUUCACACGCAAAGAAGCAAAAACACAACGCAUACAUCCCACAUGCCCUUCUUCUCUCUCUCUCUCUCUUCUUUCUCUCUCUACAAUACAAAGCAAAGUGAUGUAUAUUGCUUAUAAUAUCAUCAUAUAGCACUUGUUGCUAGCUACUUAUUAGAUCCACCAUCAUUUUGUGUUUGUGUAUCUUUUUCAUUUUUACGUACUUGUUGUUUUUUUGAAUUAUCCUGCCCUUCUCUGUAAACGAGAGACGGGUGGGUUUCUAAGGCCUCUUGUGCAUAUAUAUAUAUAUAUAUAUAUAUAUUUACAUACAGAAUUCUGUGAAUCGGUAAAGGCCUCUUGUGCGUAUAUAUUUAGAUAGAUAGCUGAAUUUCUUGGGAUGGCUAUAAGUAUGGAAAGCGAGAAGAAAUCGGUGGUAUCGGAUGUAGGGGCAUGGGCGAUGAAUGUUGUUAGUUCGGUGGGAAUUAUCAUGGCUAACAAGCAGCUUUUGACGAAUUAUUCAUUCACAUUUGCGACAACAUUGACUGGGUUCCAUUUCGCUGUGACGGCACUUGUUGGGAUGGUGUCAAAUGCCACUGGGCUAUCCGCAUCAAAGCAUGUACCUUUGUGGGAACUUAUCUGGUUCUCAGUUGUUGCAAACAUGUCUAUCACAGGGAUGAACUUAAGUCUCAUGAUGAAUUCAGUUGGGUUUUACCAAAUAUCAAAGUUGAGCAUGAUUCCAGUGGUUUGCGUGAUGGAAUGGAUCCUUCAUAACAAGCGUUACACGAGGGAGGUUAAAAUGUCUGUUGUGGUUGUCGUUAUUGGUGUGGGUGUUUGCACAGUAACUGAUGUCAAGGUUAAUAUCAAAGGUUUUAUUUGUGCUUGUGUUGCGGUUCUGUCAACAUCAUUGCAGCAAAUUUCAAUAGGCUCUUUGCAGAAAAAGUACUCAAUCGGAUCCUUUGAGCUAUUGAGUAAAACAGCUCCGAUACAAGCUUGCUCCCUCCUUGUGUUGGGUCCUUUUUGCGACUUCUAUCUUACUGGAAACCUAUUACUAGACUACAAGUAUUCUUCUGGUGCCAUUUUCUUUAUACUCCUUUCGUGUUCAUUAGCUGUGUUCUGCAACGUGAGUCAGUAUCUCUGCAUCGGGCGAUUCUCUGCAGUUUCCUUCCAGGUUCUAGGCCACAUGAAGACCGUGUGUGUCCUGACUUUAGGCUGGCUGCUCUUUGAUUCCGCGUUAACUCUCAAGAACAUAUUGGGAAUGCUCGUUGCAAUUGCGGGCAUGGUGAUCUACAGUUGGGCCGUCGAGGUUGAAAAACAAACCAACACCAAGAGUCCUCAUGCUGCCAAAAACAGCUUGACAGAAGAGGAACUGAAAUUGUUGAAAGAAGGAAUAGAGAAAGAGGACGUCGAAAUCGGUCAGUCCAAGGCCUAAAAUUGUUUGCCAUCAUCACAUACUCUAGCUUCUUUUGGAUCAAAAAAUUUGCAUGUAGUUUUAUGUCAUUUGUUGCAUUAUUUAUUAGACCUUACUUACCAUUUUGGUCCCAAUUUGGUGACCUUUGAUUUGUUCUUUUGUUGAAUAGUGUUACUGAAUGUUUUGUUCUCCAUCCACAGUCUUACCAGUACCAAGUUUUUUCA